GUGACACGUCAGCGAUCAGCCGGUAGGUAGUCGAUUCCAUUUGUGAUGCUGACAAUAAAGUUGUAAAAAUGCUGACUAAAUUCGAGACAAAGUCGGCAAGGGUGAAAGGAAUAUCGUUUCAUGCAAAACGGCCAUGGGUUUUGGCAAGUUUGCACAACGGGGUGAUUCAGUUGUGGGACUAUCGUAUGUGCACUCUAUUGGAGAAGUUUGAUGAACAUGAUGGUCCUGUACGUGGCAUUUGUUUUCACAUUCAACAGCCAUUGUUUGUGUCUGGAGGAGAUGACUAUAAGAUAAAGGUGUGGAAUUAUAAACAGAGGCGAUGUCUAUUUACUUUGCUUGGCCAUUUAGACUAUAUCCGCACAACAUUCUUCCAUCAUGAGUAUCCCUGGAUAUUAAGUGCUUCUGAUGAUCAGACUAUAAGAAUAUGGAAUUGGCAAUCACGACAAUGCAUCAGUGUGCUUACAGGACACAAUCACUAUGUAAUGUGUGCACAAUUCCAUCCCACAGAAGACCUACUUGUGUCUGCAUCAUUGGAUCAGUCUGUUCGUGUUUGGGACUUCUCAGGUCUGAGGAAGAAGAGUGUAGCUCCAGGCCCCACUGGUUUGGCUGACCAUUUGCGCAAUCCACAAACUACGGAUUUAUUUGGUCAGGCUGAUGCAGUUGUAAAACAUGUUCUUGAGGGUCAUGACCGAGGAGUGAACUGGGCCUCAUUCCAUCCGUCACUGCCACUGAUUGUGUCUGCUGCUGAUGACAGGCAGGUCAAGCUGUGGAGGAUGAAUGACGCUAAGGCAUGGGAAGUGGACACAUGUCGAGGUCACUACAACAAUGUCUCGUGUGCUCUCUUCCAUGCGCGACACGAGCUCAUUCUAUCUAACAGUGAGGACAAGUUUAUUAGAGUCUGGGACAUGACCAAGCGGACUUGUCUGCAAAGUUUUAGAAGGGAACAUGAGCGGUAUUGGGUCCUAUCAGCACAUCCAACGUUAAACUUAUUCGCAGCCGGCCAUGAUGCUGGAAUGAUUUUGUUUAAGCUACAGAGAGAAAGACCUGCAUAUGCUGUGCAUAAUAAUAUGCUGUUCUACAUAAAAGAUAGACAGCUACGUAAGUUGGAUAUGCAGUUGAAUAAAGACGCUCCUGUGAUGCAAAUAAAAGGGGGUGGAAGACAUCAACCAUACAGUAUGUCGCUGAAUCACGCGGAGUAUUGCAUCUUGGUGAGCUGGCGUGUGGGAGAGACCUGCACCUACGAGCUGUACCAAGGACCUCGCGAGACCUCCGAGGCCACCACUGAGCCGCUACGAGGACAGGCCACCUCCGCCGUCUGGGUGGCCCGGAACAGAUUUGCAGCCUUAGAGAAAAACAAUCAGUUAAUAAUAAAGAAUCUUAAGAAUGAAGUAUCAAAGAAGAUAGCGACACCAACCUGUGAAGAGAUAAUGUAUGCAGGGACCGGUAUGUUGUUGCUGCGAGAGCCUGACUGUGUGCAGUUGUUAGAUGUGCAACAAAAGAGGACUAUAGCCAGUGUAAAAGUAGCAAAAUGCCGAUACGCAAUAUGGAAUAGCGACAUGUCUCUGGUGGCGCUACUGGGCAAGCACACCGUCACGAUAUGCACCAAGAAGUUGGAGCUACUGUGCUCGGUAACAGAGGGCGCUCGAGUCAAGUCGGGUGCCUUCGACGACUCGACGCCGCAGCCGGUGUUCAUAUACACCACGGCCAAUCACAUCAAGUACUGCUGUAAGGAUGGAGACUAUGGCAUCAUACGUACGCUGGAUGUCCCUGUGUAUGUUGUGAAGGUUCUUGCCAGCGAGGGUGCGGCUAGAGUGGUGUGUCUAGACCGGGAGGCCAGGCCGAAGGUGUUGACCAUCGAUCCUACUGAGUACAGGUUCAAGUUAGCAUUGGUGACUCGACAGUACGACCAAGUGCUGCACAUGGUUCGAAACGCCAAGCUUGUAGGACAGAGCAUCAUUGCGUAUUUGCAGGAGAAAGGCUAUCCAGAAGUGGCCCUCCACUUUGUCAAAGAGCCCCGCACUCGACUGUCAUUGGCAUUGCAGUGUGGCAACAUUGAGGUGGCUCUCGAAGCAGCCAAGAGCAUAGACGAGCCUGACGCUUGGGAUCAGCUCGCCAAAGCAGCCCUAGCAACUGGAAAUCAUCAGAUAGUGGAGAUGUGUUACCAGCGCACGAAGAACUUUGACAAGCUCUCGUUCCUGUACCUCAUCACUGGCAACCUGGAGAAGCUGCGGAAAAUGAUGAAGAUUGCGGAGAUACGUAAGGACACCUCGGCGCAGUUCCAGGGGGCUAUGUUGCUGGGUGAUGUGAACGAGAGGAUCAGACUGCUGAAGAAUGCUGGCCAGAUAUCUCUUGCCUAUCUGACGGCCGUCAAUCACAAGCAGUUUGAAGAGGCUGAACAACUCAAGGCAGCGUUGGAGACAGCUGGGUUACCCGUCCCGGAAGCGAACCCAAAUGCUGUGUUCCUGAGACCACCACUUCCGGUGCAGAGUUCGCAGACCAACUGGCCGCUGUUGGCUGUUUCCAAGAGUCUGUUUGAAGUCGCAAGUGCAUCACGUGCGGCGGGAGCUACAGCCGUGGUAGGAGGUGUUGGAGCAGACGCCGUUGGUGAUGAGCCAUUAGAAGCCGCCGGCGCCUGGGGUGAUGAUGAAGAACCCGUUGUCAAGACCGAGGAUGGUGAAAUGGAGGUGCAGGAAGAUGCGUGUAAUGACGGAGGUUGGGACGUCGGUGAUGAAGACUUGGAUCUGCCUGAGGAGCUGGCACCGAUACCUGCUGACAUAGACGGCGGGGAAGAGAGUGGACAGUACUUUGUGGCGCCCACGCGAGGCACCAGUCUGGCUGUGAGCGGGAAACUGAAGACAGCCCACGACUAUGUCACCACCGGACAGUUCGAGAUAGCUUUCAGAUUACUGAACGAGCAAGUUGGCAUCGUGAACUUCGAGCCCAUGUUAGAAUGCAUGUGUUCCAUGUACGGCCAGAGCAGGGUCAUGUUUGCAGCGCUGCCGUCAUUACCGCCGCUCUCCGCACACCUGCACAGGAACUGGAAGGAGGCCAGCGGUAAUGACCUGCUGCCAGUUAUCACUGUGAAGCUAAACGACCUGGUCACACAACUGCAGCAAUGCUAUCAGCUGACCACGGUUGGUAAAUUCACGGAGGCCAUUGAGAAGCUACAGAGGAUCUCUCGCCUGGUGCCAUUGCUGCUGGUGGAUAACAAACAGGAGCUCGCGGAGGCUCAACAACUACUGGCCAUCGCCAGGGAAUAUACUCUUGGAUUGCAGAUGGAGACUGCUAGAAAAGGUAUGCCCAAAAACACACUUGACGAGCAGAAACGUACCUGCGAAAUGGCAGCCUACUUCACCCAUUGUAAACUGCAACCAGUUCACCAGAUACUAACACUGAGGACAGCCCUCAACAUGUUCUACAAGCUCAAGAACUACAGAACUGCUGCAUCAUUCGCGAGAAGAUUACUCGAACUUGGCCCACGGCCAGAAGUGGCUCAGCAAGCAAGAAAAAUACUCCAGGCUUGUGAGAAAACACCAACCGAUGAACACCAGCUGUUGUAUGAUGAGCAUAAUCCGUUCAGCAUAUGUGGAAUUAGCUAUAAACCAAUAUAUAGAGGGAAGCCUGAAGAAAAGUGCUCGCUUUGUGGAGCGAGUUUCAUGCCAGAACAUAGAGGAAAGCUUUGUACGGUCUGUGGUGUCGCAGAGAUUGGUAAAGAUGUUCUCGGCUUGAGAAUCUGUCCGUUGCAAUUCCAGAGGUAAAUUGUUGUAUGUAAGAUUUAUUCUUAUUAUUAUGUUUUAAUAUAUUAUUAUAAAGUAUUCUAUCA